AUACACAACACACUUUAGGGUAUAUUAAGGCAACACAAAGUUAAGACUUAUAUACAUAAGCACUAUACUAUAUGGCUAUUAUUAUUCCUAAAAUAGAAUUGAGGAGUAGUAUUAGUAGUAGUUGCAACAAUGAGAUCAAGGCCAUGCCUUUGGUGGGGAUGGGAACGUCCUCUUAUCCUCCUACCAACAUGGAAAAGGCGAAAAGCACCAUUGUUGAAGCCAUCAAAGUGGGGUACCGCCACUUUGACACGGCCUUUGUUUACGGCUCAGAGGAGCACUUGGCCAAAGCCAUUGCGGAAGCUUUAAGCCUAGGCUUGAUCAAAUCUAGAGAUGAGCUCUUCAUCACUACCAAGCUUUUCGCCACCUUUGCCCAUCGAGAUCUUGUGGUGCCAGCAAUCAAGAUGAGUCUUAGAAAGCUUGAAUUGGAGUAUGUUGACAUGUACAUUAUUCACUGGCCAUUCAAAUUGAGCAAAGAUGUGAAAAGUUUGCCUGUGGAGAGGGAACUUAUUGAAGCCUUAGAUAUAAAAUCAGUAUGGGAAGGCAUGGAAGAGUGCAAGAGACUUGGCCUAACUAGGGACAUUGGAGUCAGCAAUUUCACUUGUCAAAUGCUUCACCACCUACUUUCCAUAGCCAAAAUCCAUCCAGCUCUCAACCAAGUGGAGAUGAGCCCAAUUUGGCAGCAGAAGAAAUUAAGGGAGUUUUGUAAUGAGAAAGGUAUUCAUAUAACAGCUUACUCUCCAUUGGGUGCCUUUGGGACUCAAUGGGGAGACAAUAGUGUCAUAGAGUGUGAUGUCCUCCAAGAAAUUGCCAACUCCAAGGGAAAGACUACUGCUCAGAUCGCAUUGAGAUGGGUGUACGAGCAAGGGGUUAGCUUAGUAGCAAAAAGUUACAACAAGGAAAGAAUGAGAACAAACUUGGACAUCUUUGAUUGGUCUUUGACCCAUGAAGAAUCACAUAAGAUUGCUCAGAUUCCCCAAAGAAAGACAGUUACUUUCGCAUCUAUCCUAGGGCCACACGACCUAGUACUUGAUAUUGAUCAACAAUUAUGAUCAUUAAUUCAUUAAUUUAAAUCAUUAUAUAUGUAUUCGGAUUCAUCCACAC